UCCAGUUUCAGACGAUCUUUAAGGUCUCAGGUGAUGAAGAUGUCAAGCCUCAUGGACAAACUGCCACACACCUCUCUGCUGAUAUUCUACUGUGUCACAUGCGUCUGUGUGUAUGGAGGAGACGUGUCUCCUCCAUGUGAAGUUGGGCUGAUGGUCCGGAGAGGCACGACAUGGACAGCAGCCCCGCGACAACGUGUGACGGUCAAGUGUCCCGUCAAAGACUGUGGGGAGCCACUCAGUGUCACCUGGUGCAAACUGAGCGACACAGACAGAUGUGAACGGAUUCAUCAGACAGAAAAUGUACAACAGAAUGACAAACGCGUCAAAGAUGAACUGGUCUCAUUUUUGACCUUCAAACGGAUUUCCAUUCAUAACGACGGCCUGUACGGAUGUUCUUUAAAAGGAUACAAAUUUGAGAUGAUCAGUCACACCAUCAACAUCUCAGUGUCAGACUCCUACCAUGGGGUUAAGCAGUCAGUUGAUACUACAGAUGAGUCACCGAGUGUUGCUGGUGAUGAGGAUCCGUCCUGGCUGCCUUACUUCUACAUCUGUGCUGGCAUAGCUCUUCUGGUCACCACACUGAUAGUGUUUACCCUCCUGAGUUUUCAUGGCAGGAAACGAGUACAGACCUUCAACCACAACAAGGGACAGGAAAUGUCCAAUCACACGAUACCCAACCUCCCCAAGGACAGUUCUCCUUCCUCUCUCUUCCUGCAAACCCACUUCCCCUUUCGGAAUGACUUCCACCCUCCAAGCCCUGCAGAGAGACCACCAUCUCAGCUGCCCAUGAUGACCGGUGGAAACCAGCAGCCUGCUGCAGGGAACACAGCUGAUGGAAGUCAAGCGUCGGACCGCGCAGUGUACGCUGCCAUCAACCACCCGCAGUCUGGCGUGGCUGCCAGAGAGCAGCACACUGCCACUGAACAGAAUAAAAAGGCAGAAUAUGCUGUUGUCAAAGUUCCCUGAGCAUUUCUGAUUUGUCAUAGACACAUGCAGAUGAAAACAUGCACGGGAAAGUAUGUGGUGGUGUCAUGGAACUGGCAGAGGUAAAGCGAUCAACUUCACUGCAGAGGAGGGGAACGGGGGAGGGCCUGUGGUCAUACAGAUACACAGUACUGUCAUCUUAAAGAAACCCGGCCAGGCCAGAAGCGGCACUGCAUUUCUUGUUAUUCUCAUAGCUGUUUUUUUCCCCCCUCUAGUUAUUUAAUUUGGUAACUUGGAGGGCUUUGCUUGACUUAUUCAAUGUUACUGGCCAGUACUUUGGGGAUUUGUAUUAAAAAAGCCAAUGGGUGGGUAGAUUUGGCAUGUGCAGUACAGACACUGGACACUUUAUGUACAUUCUUCUGUCUCAUAUGGAGAAUAAUGUUUGCAAGGCUCUAUAUACUUUGAAAUUAAAGUAAGUGCAGCAUUACAAUAUAAUCCU